AUGCCCAACAGCAGUCGGACGGGGAGCCUGAAGGAUCCCGAAAUUGCUGAGCUCUUCUUCAAGGAAGACCCGGAGAAGCUGUUCUCAGACCUGCGCGAGAUAGGACAUGGCAGCUUCGGCGCCGUAUAUUUUGCACAGGAUGUGCGAACAAGCGAGGUGGUGGCCAUUAAAAAGAUGUCUUACAGUGGAAAACAGUCCAAUGAGAAAUGGCAAGACAUAAUCAAAGAGGUGAAAUUCCUGCGGAGAAUAAAACACCCUAAUAGCAUCGAGUACAAAGGAUGUUAUUUGCGAGAGCACACAGCUUGGUUGGUGAUGGAGUAUUGUCUAGGCUCUGCUUCAGAUCUGUUAGAGGUGCACAAGAAACCCCUACAAGAGGUUGAAAUUGCUGCAAUUACCCACGGUGCUCUUCAAGGUUUGGCCUAUCUUCACUCCCAUAAGAUGAUUCACCGAGAUAUCAAGGCAGGAAAUAUCUUGCUGACGGAGCCAGGCCAGGUGAAACUCGCUGAUUUCGGAUCAGCCUCCAUCGCAUGCCCUGCCAACUCAUUUGUUGGCACGCCAUAUUGGAUGGCACCAGAGGUGAUAUUGGCUAUGGAUGAAGGCCAGUAUGAUGGCAAGGUGGACAUCUGGUCUUUGGGAAUAACCUGCAUUGAACUAGCUGAGAGGAAGCCUCCACUGUUCAAUAUGAAUGCAAUGAGUGCCUUAUACCACAUAGCACAGAAUGAGAGCCCCAUGCUGCAGUCCAGUGACUGGACAGAUUAUUUCCGAAACUUUGUAGAUUCUUGCCUUCAAAAAAGUCCGCAAGAUCGGCCAAACUCUGAGGAGCUUUUAAAGCACGCGUUUGUUCAACGUGAACGUCCUGGAUCGGUUCUAAUAGACCUAAUAAAUCGGACGAAAGAUGCAGUGCGGGAACUGGAUAAUUUGCAGUAUCGCAAAAUGAAGAAGAUCUUGUUUCAUGAAGCUCACAAUGGGCCCACAAUUGAAGCUCCGGAUGAGGAGGAGGAGCCAGAACACAGCGUGAGCAGAACUGGCACCGUGAACAGUGUGGGGAGCAACCAGUCCAUUCCCAGUAUGUCCAUUAGUGCCAGCUCCCAAAGCAGCUCUGUCAACAGCCUGACGGACGCCGGCGACGACAAAAGCGAGGUUGACAUGGAGGGGGACCACACUGUUAUGUCUAACAGCUCGGUCAUCCAUCUUAAACCGGAAAAAGCAACAUACAACAAAGAUUCAGAACCCAUCACCCGGUCAGCUGAGCCUCAGUCCCAGCCUGCCAACGCCCCACGGCCAAAACGGAACAGAGAACACUUUGCCACUAUACGCACAGCCUCAGUGCUAACUCGGCAGAUUAAAGAGCACGAGCAGGACUCGGAACUAAGGGAACAGAUCUUGGGCUACAAGCGCAUGCGUCGGCAGCACCAGAAACAGCUGAUGGCACUAGAGAACAAGCUGAAGGCGGAGAUGGAUGAGCACAGACUUCGCCUGGAUAAGGAGCUGGAGAACCAAAGGAAUGGCUUUGCUCAGGAGAUGGAGAAGCUAAUAAAGAAGCACCAGGGGUCGAUGGAAAAGGAUACAAAAACAUUCAGCAACGAUGAGAAGAAAUUUCACCAACACAUCCAGAGCCAGCAGAAGAAGGAACUCAACAGCUUCCUUGAAUCACAGAAACGGGAGUACAAACUUCGCAAGGAACAACUGAAAGAGGAGCUAAAUGAAAACCAGUCAACACCCAAGAAGGAAAAGCAGGAGUGGUUGUCCAAGCAGAAAGAGAACUUCCAGCACUUCCAAGCAGAAGAGGAGGCAAACCUGCAACGCAGACAAAGGCAAUAUCUAGAAUUGGAGUCGCGCAGGUUCAAGCGGAGGAUCUUGAUUGCACGCCAUAACAUUGAGCAGGAUCUAGUUCGGGAGGAGCUGAACAAACGUCAGACCCAGAAGGACCUGGAGCAUGCUAUGCUCCUGCGGCACCACGAGUCCAUGCAAGAGCUGGAGUUCCGUCAGCUCAACACCAUCCAAAGGACGCGGGCUGACCUCAUCCGCCUACAGCACCAGACAGAACUCACCAACCAGCAAGAGUAUAACAAGAGGCGAGAAAGAGAGCUGAGACGCAAGCAUGUAAUGGAGGUUCGCCAGCAACCCAAGAGCCUCAAGUCCAAAGAGCUACAGAUCAAGAAGCAAUUCCAAGACACCUGCAAGAUCCAAACCCGACAAUACAAGGCACUGAGGAAUCACCUGCUGGAGACCACACCAAAGUCUGAACACAAGGCUGUGCUGAAGCGCCUCAAGCAGGAGCAACACCGCAAACUCGCUAUCUUGGCCGAGCAAUAUGAUCACUCUAUCAACGAGAUGCUGUCAACUCAGGCGCUCCGUUUGGAUGAGACGCAAGAGUCCCAAUGUCAGGGCUUGAGAAUGCAGCUUCAGCAAGAGUUGGAGCUUCUGAACGCAUAUCAAAGCAAGAUCAAGAUGCAGACAGAUGCGCAGCAUGAGCGUGAGAGAAAGGAUCUGGAGCAAAGGGUGUCGCUACGUAGAGCCUUGCUGGAACAAAAGAUCGAAGAGGAGAUGAUGUCCUUGCAGAACGAUCGCUCAGAACAAAUCCGCAGCUUGCUGGAACGUCAAGCGCGAGAGGUGGAAGCGUUCGACUCUGAGAGUAUGCGCCUGGGCUUCAGUAACAUGGUGCUAUCAAACGUCUCGCCAGAGGCCCUUAGUCACAGCUUUCCUGGGUCACCUUCAAGUUGGGGUGUUCAUCUUCAGCAGCAGCAGUCACCUUCAGGGAGCUUCCACGGAUCACACUGGAGUGGCGGCAGCUUGGGCGCCGGGUCGAGCCGCCCAGGCAGUGGUUGCCACUAUCACUCCAGUCCCAGCGGGCAGCAGAGCUGGGGCCAUGGCAUGCAGGGAGGCGGGACUCCACAGCAAUGGGGCCACGCAUCAGUGGUAUCCCGCAGCGGAGGCGGUGCGCAGAACAGCCCCCAAGGCCUGGGGAGGACACCACCCGGAAGCCACGGCGAGCAGGGGAUGAGCAGGAGCACCAGCGUCACCUCGCAAAUAUCCAACGGGUCCCACCUAUCCUAUACAUAG